GUGACGUGAACGGUUUUUCUCUCGUUGCCCACCGCUUGGUGUGUGUGUGUGCGUGAGUGUGUUUGGGACCUAGGAGGAGAGCUGUGCCAGCCGCAGGGGCAACACUCUUGUGUCGCAGGGCUGUCUUGCGGGUCCGUCUCCGUAGCCCGGUUCGCCAGCGCCGAUGUCGAAGAUGUCCGGCCAGAGCCUCAACGAUCGGCUGAUGGCAGCCCGGCACACCAUAGCGGGUCAAGGCCUCGCCCGGGUGGUCUGCAAAGCGACCACCGAGGAAGUGAUCGGUCCCAAGAAGAAACACCUCGACUACCUGCUACACUGCACGAACGAGCCCAAUGUCUCGAUCCCGCAACUGGCCAAUCUAUUGAUUGAACGUGCCCAGAACACCAACUGGGUUGUUGUCUUCAAAUCCCUGGUCACUGUGCACCACCUGAUGUGUUAUGGCAACGAGAGGUUCACCCAAUACUUGGCAUCGAGCAACUGUACGUUCCAGCUGGGUACCUUUGUGGACAAGACUGGCGUCCAGGCUGGCUUUGACAUGUCAACAUUCAUCAGACGCUAUGCCAAGUACCUGACAGAGAAGGCGGUCUCCUACCGCACUGUGGCGUUUGACUUCUGCAAGGUGAAAAGGGGCAAAGAAGACGGAACCCUGCGCACCAUGCCGACUGACAAGCUGCUGAAGACAGUGCCUGCGCUGCAAAGUCAACUGGACGCCCUGCUCGAGUUUGAUUGCACAGCGAACGAUCUGACCAACGGGGUGAUCAGCUCGGCCUUCAUGCUUCUGUUUCGAGACCUGAUUCGUCUUUUUGCUUGCUACAACGACGGGAUCAUUAAUCUGCUCGAAAAAUAUUUCGACAUGAAUAAGAAGCACUGCCGCGAGGCCUUGGACAUCUACAAAAAGUUCCUCAUCCGUAUGGAUCGGGUAGCGGAGUUCCUCAAGGUUGCCGAGACGGUUGGUAUUGACAAAGGUGACAUCCCCGACCUCACCAAGGCUCCAAGCAGUUUGCUGGAUGCCCUGGAGCAGCACCUGGCUGCUUUGGAGGGGCGUAAAGGAGCUACUUCGGCCGCCUCUGCGACCAGGGUGAGCAGCAACGUGCAGAGUGCGGUGUCGGCGCUCUCUUGCACGAGCAGUGCCUUUGGUUCGGCCGGAGGCACAGGCGCCGAGAUCAACGGUGUGCGCGUGGACGAGGCCAGCGUGCGCAGGGCCCUCGAGGAAGAAGCAGCAGCCAUGAAUCAGCUCAAGCCAGCUUUGGGCAGUGCUGAGGAGCGGCACCUGAAGGAGACAGAGGCCAGCACCAAUCCGUUCCUGUCGGCGUCGCCUGAGCCCCCUGCAGCUUCGGCUACCGCCAGCAGUGGCGAGCCUGUGCUGGACCUGUUCUCUGCCGCCCCGGCCAGUGAUGACCUGCUCUGCCUCGGGAACCCGUUUGCCGAGCCCAGCCCAGCGCCACCACCACCUACGGUGCAGAGCCCACAGCAGCAGCAACAGCAGCAGCAACUAGCCUUUGCACAUUUCACUGCUAAUGGGUUCAUGUCCCAACCAGUCUCUACACCCUCGACCACCUUUGCAUCAGAUGCCUCAUUCGCCGCAGCCUUUGGUUCAGUCCCGCCUGCGGCUGCCUCUGAUGAGGAGGAGGAGGUGCGCCCUGCUGCGGGUGGGCUGACGCUGCCCACUCUUGAGCCUCCACCACCACGUUCCUCAUCACCAUCACCCACGGCAGAGUUGAUGCGAGGUGCCGGCACCACUCCCAUCCUGGCGCAUAUGCCAGAGCCUGGCUUUGGCGAUCUGGACACCUCGGAGGAGCCCUGGCCUAGUGAGCCCUUCGAGUCAGCUAAGACUGGAGCGAUGACCAGCAGCGCUGCUUCGUCUGGCUGGGUGGGCUUCGACCAGGGCCGGCCACAGGAGACCACAUCCACCGCAGUGUCCAAGCCAGCGAUGGCGAAGACGGUGGUAUCUGGACCAGCAAUGCCUGGUGCAACGAUGCCCGUUUCGGCGAUGCCUGGCACAGCGAUGGCCAGUUCGACAAUGCCCGGUGCAGUGAUGCCUGGCACGGCGAUGGCCACUUCGACAAUGCCUGGCGCAGCGAUGCCUGGUGUGGCGAUUCCCAGUUCGGUGGCGAUGCCUGGCACAGCGAUUCCCAGUUCUAUGGUGAUGCCCGGGGCUGCAAUGGCUAGUCCAGUGGUGCCCCCUGCGGCAGUGGGUGCACCCAUACCUGGCUCAGCCAUGUCCAAGCCACCGGCCAGACCAGCUUCGGCUCUGGAUGACCUCAACUUUGCCAUUCAGCAAGCCAUGGGCGGCGUCCCUUCGCCUGCUCACAGUGCAGCUCCAUCAGGUCUUGACUCAUUUGGAGACGUACUGCAGCCUCGGCCACUCAUGAGUGGACUGUCCAGCCCUGCAACCAGUGUGCCCACAGCUUCAGAAGCGCCACUGACAGCCUCAAAGCCUCCAGCUACGACGGGGGGUGGCCUGCUGAAGGGCGACUUAGACGCUACACUAGCUAGUCUUGCACAAAACCUAGACAUCAAUGGUCCCAAGCAGGCUGUGGCACGCAAGACAUCCGGUGGAGGCCACCAGUGGGGGUCACCUAAGCCAGCUGGCAAGACCGGUGGCACUAACUGGACUCCUGUUGGUGCAGCAUGGGCUGGUAGUGGAUCCCCGCAGCACCUCUUCCAGCCACAACCACAACCGUGUGUGGGUCCUACGGUACCGGCGGCCCCCGUGGCAGGUGCACAGUGGGGACCCAUGGGGGGUGUUUUUGGGUCCACUCCUCUGGUGCCAUUCCGGCCACCGCAGAUGGGAGCACAGCCCCCCAUGAUGGCUGCGGCGGCACCUGGCAUGUUCGGUGCCCCGGCACCUGCACCGAGCAGCCAGCCAGCUGUCAACGACCCUUUUGGCGCCCUCUGAAGCUUCAGGUGCGGACCGUCCGGCCCGAGAGGAGCAACAGACGGCUAGUCCCCGCAGUAUUCCCUCCCCCAGAGGUUAUUUAUGUGUGAGAGAGGGCGCGUGUUUGCGCAGGAGGCUGCGGAGUGUUUGUGCAUGCUGUACAUUUUGUUUUUCUGCACAUGCCCCCCGUGAUGGCCAGAGAUGACACAUUCCACAGUGUUGCUCUCCCUGGACCCGUGGAGCAGCCCGGCUUUAGGAGUCCUCCCCUCCGGCUGUUUAGCAAGCUAGGCCACCCCCCUGCUGUGAUGUACUUGUGGAGCAUGCCAAAAUAAAUUUGUUGCCUUAUUACAGCACCAGGCUCAUCCUUCCUUGGUUGCAGUCACUCAGUGACGUGCGCUGGAAAAACGAAAGAAAAAAAAAUUGCCUCCGCAGUCUGCACCGCCCCCUCUCACAGCACACGAGAGGGUCACAAGUGUCUUUUUAAAGGGAUACCAAAGGCAAAUAUUGAGUCAAGCUAAGGUGAUAACAGUUCCCAAGUGCACAAAGGCGUCACUUACUGGAAACACCAUUCACAAGUGACAAAAUGGCUUUAGCAAAGAACAGCAUUGGCGCUGCCUUUGCGGACAUGAAGCACAAAAUUCUUUAAUCUCAUCCUCUUUGCAAUAUAUGAAUUGUAGUCGACCACUGCGAACAAAUGGCAAAUUGUCUUUAAAACUUCAAAUAAAUGUAGUUCUUCCACAUAAAUUAGAACAUUUUACAGAAAUUUUUUCUGCUGUUUUUUUACUGUUCUUUUGGUGCAUGCUCUGUGCAUAUGACUCAACGCAGCAAGAGUACCGGGCAGCGAAUGACCAUGGAAAUCACCAGUGCGCCUAUGCAAGCGAUUCAUUCUGUCAUGGACUAUAAUUGUGAAUGACUCGUUCGAUUGUGAAAGUUGUCUGUGACCCCUUUGUUCGCAAUUUUUUGUGUGAGUGAAUCUCUUGAGACAAAUGUGAAAUUUUCAGGAUGUUUGAUUCUAGAUUGAUUCAAUGUUUGCGUAUAGUGUCCCCUUAAUGAUAGACUGUGCAUUGUUGUGGGCAGGCUGCCAGCAUUUAUGCCUAGCUGUUUUGUUAAUAGCUUAGAACUUUUGAGUGCCUAAUAAAGACUCGAGCUGUUGAACAUCA